AUGCCGGCCCUCGAGAGGAACACGAACACCACUUUAGCCCUGCACUAUGCUGCGGCCAGAGGGUGUUUGGAUUGCGUCCGUUUGCUGGUGGAUUCCAGUCCGGAUUUAAGCGCAAACACGCAAAUGGAUAAUGACGUGACGCCGGUGUACUUGGCGGCGCAGGAAGGGCACCUAGAGGUGCUGAAGUUUUUGGUUUUGGAAGCUGGAGGAUCGCUGUAUGUGAGGGCGAAGGAUGGAAUGGCCCCGAUCCACGCGGCCAGCCAGAUGGGCUGCCUGAACUGCGUCAAGUGGAUGAUACAAGAGCAAGGUGUGGACCCGAACUUGAGGGACGGAGACGGCGCGACGCCUCUGCACUUCGCCGCCUCACGCGGUCAUCUCGAGACUGUCAGGUGGCUCUUAAGACAUGGAGCCAGGCUCUCCCUUGACAAAUAUGGAAAAAGUCCUAUAAACGACGCCGCAGAAAACCAGCAGGUGGAGUGUUUAAAUGUUCUUGUUCAACAUGGAACGACGCCGGAUUACAAGGAUCCAGAUAAGAAGCAUUAUAGCUGCUCUUGCGUGAGGAAGGAAUCAAAAAGAGGAAAUAUAAGCGAUUGCACAUCCUGCAAAAAAUCGACGGUCAACUGCAGCGUAAACAACGUCGCAAGCAAUGGCAAUAAUAUCAGUAGCAGCAACAACAGCUUGAACCAAGAACCUUUCUAUUUGCAUCCACCUCUAAGCAGACAAGGAGUCGAAACACCGCAUGCUCCUCACGAUGGCCUAUACAUCAAUCCAAUGGGAGUCCACAGAAAUAGUAUUUCAAAUGGAUCUGAGAGCAGCUCUAGCAGCACGAACGGAGAAUCCUUCUACUUGCAUAAUCCGCAAGAAGUAAUUUACAACCGCGUGAAGGAUUUGUUCGAGAAUAACACCACCAGCAGGAUCCAAUCACACGGAAAUUCUGGUCUGUCUGCUCUGACCGUUAAAGUGGAGGUGCAUUCGAGCAGCAGCGGCGCCGGGUCCGAUGAGAAUCUGUCCUCUUCGGACAUCUCCGAGAGAUCAGGGGACCACGACCACGACUAUGAGGAUAUUUACAUGGUGCGGGACGAGCCGAAGACGAGCGCCAAAGACAGAUUGAAUAUAGCUCGGUCGAGGUCGCGCGACUCCGGGUCGCACAGUCGUUCCGGGUCGGCGAGUUCGUCCAAUUCCGGGUGCAACGUGAUUGUCAAACUGACGCCCAACCAGAAACCCAAGCAGAACGAAUUUCUGCCGAAACCGCAGAAGAUCGAGAAGAAGGUGGCCCAGAAGGAACCAGAGGAGUCUUCGUCUCCUUCGGCGCUAAGUUCCGAGGAGGAAGGCGAAAAGACGAAGUUGGGAACCAGGCACUCGCUGCCACCGCCGCCGCCUCCGCCGGUCCACGAUUACAGCCAUCAGAGGCUUCUAAAGAGGGUUAUCUCCACCCCCGUUGACGUGCACGCCGUGCCGCCGCCGCCACCACCGCUGCCGGCGAUGAAGGAUCCUUCAUCCUGCGAGGAUAUCGAUGGCGUCUCGGAGAACGGUGGCGGAAGCGGAGGACAGUGUGAGGAUGUCGAGGUGGUCGCAGAGCCUACCGUCAGACCUUCUGACGUCGUCAAAGGAAUGUGCAGAAGCAUCUCCUCUCUCAGCCACACUCGUGUUUCAGCUGCGAGACGGCUGAACUCCUCGUGCUCAGAUCUAACCAUCAUCAGUUUGAGCACGGAAGCGGAAACAGAAGUGGCGAGCGGUCCCGAAAGGACGGUGUCUCAUCUUGCCGGGAAGCAGCGCGUGCUACCCUUUAUCCCACCCAGUUUCCCCGGGAGCGGCGACAAAAACCAUCUGAUCAAGCCGUCUGAAUACCUAAAGAGCAUCAGCAGCGAGAAACGAUCUUGCUCCUCCGUGCGCAGCGUGUCCGAAUGCGAAGAAUCGCUCAUCAUCUCCGAGGAUCAUCAGAAAAAUUCUGAAAUCCCUACCCCACCGCCGCCUCCACUACCCGAAUUCAAUAUUUCCAACAGAGAAACUUUGAAACUUCAACAGACGGCCGAGGUGGUGAGUGACACCACCAAGAAGAAGCAACAGCCGUUGUCGGCCAUCAGCAUCCACGAUUUAAACUCGGUCCAGUUGCGAAGAACCGAUAAAAUGCUUGCCUCAAAAACGUUCUCGGCACCGACGCGCAGCAUGAGCUUGCAGAGUCUCCAGAGCGAGCCCUAUCUUGCCCAAAAGACGGAUCUAAUUGCUGAAUUGAAGUUGUCCAAAGACAUCACAGGCAUCAGAAAGAUGAAGAUCGAACGCGCCAAGGUGGAGGAAAAACACGAGAAGGAAUUGUACACGGAGAUCACCAAGCAGUUUUCCACUACCAACUUCGUGGAAAAGAUCCCCGACAAAGACAACACCGGUAACGUGAUUCCGGUAUGGAAGAGGCAGAUGCUAGCCAAAAAGGCUGCGGAGAAGGCGCGCAAAGAACUGGAAGAACAGUUGCACAAGGAGGCAGAGGAGAAGCGCCUGCAAGCGAUUCCCCAGUGGAAACGUCAGCUGAUGGCCAAGAAGGAGGAAGCGGAAUUUAAAAUGAGCAACUCGCAAAUCGAACUAUUUCGUUCCAGGCAAUGCUUGUACUCACCGAAAGUUGAAGACGUGAAAUCGGUGAGGGUACAGGAGGACUGCCACAAGUCGGAAAGGAUGGAGGAUUUCAAUAAUAAUUGCAGUAGUAGUGUGGAGAUCGAGCGAUGCACCUCGGUUGAACCGUGCAUGAAUAGCGUCAGCUGCAGCACCAAUACCAACACCUACGAGUCCCAAUCGGAUGAGGAACCAAACAUUAUCCCAUGGCGAGCGCAGCUGAGGAAAACCAACAGCAAACUGAACCUCCUAGAUUAG